CUUUAGGACAGAUCACGUGAGAACGUCGCCUGGAUCUAACUUUCAGCUAAGUCUUUCAGCCCGGUAGUUAAAUUUACGGGCUGAGGGCUGAAAAAACCGGGCUUCAAAAUGGAGAUGUAUGAAACCCUUGGAAAAGUGGGAGAGGGAAGUUAUGGAACAGUCAUGAAGUGUAAACAUAAAGAUACUGGGCAGAUAGUGGCCAUUAAGAUAUUUUAUGAGAAACCAGAAAAGUCUGUCAACAAAAUUGCAAUGAGGGAAAUAAAGUUUCUAAAGCAAUUUCGUCAUGAAAACCUGGUCAAUCUGGUUGAAGUUUUUAGACAGAAAAAGAAAAUUCAUUUGGUGUUUGAAUUUAUUGACCACACAGUUUUAGAUGAGUUACAACAUUAUUGUCACGGAUUAGAGAGUAAACGACUUAGAAAAUACCUCUUCCAGAUUCUUCGAGCAAUUGAAUAUCUUCACAAUAAUAAUAUCAUUCAUCGAGAUAUAAAACCUGAGAAUAUUUUAGUAUCCCAAUCAGGAAUUACUAAACUCUGUGAUUUUGGUUUUGCACGAACGCUAGCAGCUCCUGGAGAUGUUUAUACGGACUAUGUGGCCACACGCUGGUAUAGAGCUCCAGAAUUAGUAUUAAAAGAUACCUCUUAUGGAAAACCUGUGGAUAUCUGGGCUUUGGGCUGUAUGAUCAUUGAGAUGGCCACUGGAAGUCCCUAUCUUCCUAGCAGCUCUGAUUUAGAUUUACUUCAUAAAAUUGUUUUAAAAGUAGGCAAUUUGACACCUCACUUGCAGCAUAUCUUUUCUAAGAGUCCCAUUUUUGCUGGGGUGGUCCUUCCUCAAGUUCAACAUCCCAAAAGUGCAAGAAAAAAAUACCCAAAGCUAAAUGGAUUGUUGGCUGACAUAGUUCAUCCAGUCUUCCCAGCAGUCUACCCAAGAGAUUUCUUCCUUGUACAGUGGUAUUCUAAGGCUUGUUUACAAAUUGAUCCUGCUGAGAGGAUGUCAUCUACGGAUCUUUUGCAUCAUGAGUAUUUUACUAGAGAUGGAUUUAUUGAAAAAUUCAUACCAGAACUGAAAGCUAAAUUGCUACAAGAAGCAAAAGUCAAUUCAUUCAUAAAACCAAAAGAGAAUUCUAAAGAAAAUGACUUUAUGAAAGAUGAAAGAAAAACAGUUUAUACCAAUACACUGCAAAGCACUUCAGUUUGGGGAAAGGAAUUGGAAAAAGAGAAAAAGCCCAAGGAGAUCAAAGUCAGAGUUACUAAAGUUAAAGGAGGGAAAGGAGAUAUCUUAGAACCAAAAAAGAUAGUGUGUGAAGGUGGACAUUGUCAACAGGUUGCAGCUGAAAUUGUUUAUACUAUGUCUCAAGAUACGAAACCUGUAAUCAGUGAGCCACCAAACGCUGUCAGUCCCAGCCCUAACUCUAUAGGCAUGAAAGAUGAUCCAUGUGCUGGAGGUAGUAUGGUGAUGCCACCCAUCAAUCUAACUAGCAGUAACUUGAUGGCUUCAAAUCCCAAUUCAAAUCUCUCCCACUCCAAUUCAAGGUUAACUGAAAGAGCCAAAAAGAGACGUACGUCUUCACAAUCUAUUGGACAAGUUAUAUGUAACAGGCAUGAGGAUACAGGUUCCACUCAAAGCCAAAUGGAGAAGUGUGUGUUUAAUGAGCAAACCAGCCAAACUGACCAAAUGGCAAAUGGAAACAAAAGGAAGCUGAAUUUUUCCAGAUCUGACAGGAAAGAAUUCCAUUUCCCAGAAUUGCCUUUCAUAAUACAAUCAAAGGAGAUGAAAGGAAUGGAAGUGAAACAGAUAAAAGUGUUGAAGAGGGAAUCAAAGAGAACAGAUUCAUCUAAAAUACCAACUUUACUUAAUGCAGAUCAAUAUCAAGAAAAACAAGAGGAUGGAGAUGAACAUUAUAAGGGGAAGAAUUUGAAGAGGAACAGACUUUUUUUCUGGGGAUCUUCCUGACCCAGGAAUCUGCACUGGCAGGCAGAUUCUUUACCACUGAGCCACCCGGGGCAUUGCAGUUCUGUUCUCUCCUGGGAAAACCAAGUCAAGACCUGCAGUUUCUAGUGUUUCUCCUUUGCGCCUACAUUGGAUUUUCUCAGAGUCUUUGUGCAUUAUGGGGGUAGGUAAGUUGAUGUUGCAAUUGUGGCUGUGGUAGGGUGCUGAGUAGAUGAGUUAUGGGUUAAUAUAAAGAGAUGAAGGUUUUAUGAAGCCUGAAGUUUUUAGAUUUGGAGGCCCUUCUGGGGAAAAGAACAAUACAAAUUUGCAAUUAUGAAAUUGUUAGAGCUGUUCUCAUGGCCUUGGAAGGCACCUAUACAAGGGAGAGGACUUUAUUGACUUCUUGGCAUAUAUGCCUCUGCUGAUAGCGUUGCCAUUACUUGGUUCUGUGGCCACCAAAAGUCACUGUGAAGUGGGAAAGGCAGAGGCAGUGGCAGCUGAAUUGGCAGUCAACCAGGUCAGGUUUUGAAAUCUGUUGAGUAGAUACUCAUGUGAUGAUUAGGAAUCCUGGUUCCAGUCUUUUGGCCAAGUGGAAUUGUUAUAAAUGGAAGGGUUUACAACUGGUAGCUCAGCAGGCUGCUGCUGUGUGGCACUCAUCUCCUUUCAUUUGGAAGAAGGAACACAGGAUACCAUUCCAAUGAUAGGAAGCACCUUGAUAUAUUUAACACCUUGAAGAAUAGACUUCCAUUUUUAUUGCUUAUACCAUAUAUGUAAACAAAUUUAUAUGUUUCACAUCCUGCUUUAUAAUGCUAGUUACCUCUUGAUUUAUAUCUUUGCACCUGAACACCCUACCCCCAGUACCUUCAUAUAAUUAUGUACCUUGAUAGGUCUGGAACAAAUAAUUUAAAUUCAAAAUGACCUUGGUAGUUUGGAGACUUGCUGAACGAACAAUCAAUGGAUGUCAAAACUGAUCAGUAAGAAUAUGAGACAUGGAUGUCACAGACCAAGCUUGUCAGAAGAAUUUUGGAAUGGUAGUUAAUGAUGUCAUGUUGCAGUUCUUCCUUAAAAUUUCAGAACACUCACAGUUCCAUGUGCUUUUAGGAGUGUUUAGUUGAAGUUUUUCUCAGGUUUCAGUUUGAGCACAUGAAUGCCUGAAAUAAAAACUAGUUUUCCCAGCUUUCCUUACAGUUAGUACUAUCAGAGAAAUAGUGAUAGUAGCAAUUUGUAUUAAACUCUGACAAGUCAAAGAUUUUGUUUUAUUUCUGUCAAUUU